GCGGCGCCGCUCCCGCUGCGGCGGCCCCGAGCAUGCUUGUGGCUGUUCCUCUUCUGUAAGGCUGUGCCUCAUCCUUGGAAAAAGAUAAUUGGGAGAGGAAAAGUUUGGCUGGUGCUGGAAGGGAGUGGAGGAGGUUCCUUUGAAAAAUGGGUCUGCUCUCCGAAGAGGCGAUGCAGUAGAUGUGGUGCUUAGUCAUGGCAUCAGAACUGUGUAAAACAAUCUCUGAGGCAAAGCUGGAAAGGCACAAGAAUUUGUUCUUAAAUUACCGAAAUCUCCAUCACUUCCCUCUGGAGUUACUGAAAGAUGAGGGGCUGCAGUACUUGGAGAGACUUUACAUGAAAAGAAAUUCCCUGACCACAUUGCCAGAAAACCUUGCACAGAAGCUUCCAAACCUCGUGGAAUUGUACCUCCAUUCAAAUAACAUAGUUGUUGUACCUGAAGCCAUUGGCUCCCUGGUUAAGCUGCAGUUUCUGGACCUGAGUGACAAUGCCCUGGAGAUCGUGUGCCCAGAGAUCGGCCGCCUGAGGUCCUUGCGGCACCUUCGCCUGGCAAACAACCAGCUGAAAUACUUACCUGCAGAGGUUGGAGACCUGCGGGAGCUGCAGACUCUGGACAUCUCCACCAACCGCCUGAUGACGUUACCCGAGAGGCUGCACAUGUGCCUUUCCCUGCAGUACCUGACUGCAGACAGGAACCACCUGUGGUCUGUGCCCCGCCACCUGUGCCAGCUGCCCAGCCUCAACGAGCUCUCCAUGGCUGGCAACCGCCUGGCAUUCCUGCCCCUGGAUUUAGGUCGUUCUCGAGAGCUCCAGUAUGUUUAUGUGGAUAACAACAUUCACCUGAAAGGCCUCCCAUCUUAUCUGUAUAAUAAAGUCAUUGGUUGCAGUGGUUGUGGUUCUCCAAUUCAAGUUUCAGAGGUGAAACUGCUCUCUUUUUCAUCAGGCCAGUUAACUGUGUUCCUGCCAGCAGAGGUGAAAUCUAUAGGGACAGAAACAGAUCAUGUCCUGCCUUUGCAAGAACUGGCCAUGAGGACCCUCUAUAACACCUACUACAGGUUUUUGAAAGAUUUAAACUUUCUGACUCCAAUUUCACUACCCAAAAGCCUCUUGGAAUUGCUGCACUGUCCCUUGGGACACUGCCACCGCUGCAGCCAGCCUAUGUUUACCAUUGUCUACCCAAAGCUCUUUCCCUUGAGGGAAACUCCAAUGGCAGGAUUGCAUCAAGGGAGGACAACUGUUAGUUUUGUGGCAUACUGCUGCUCCACCCAGUGUCUGCAGACUUUUGACCUACUGAGUUGAUAAACAUUUCAACCUCCUCAGGAGUGCUGCCAGUGUAAAGCUGCGUUCGAUGCCGUGUCCCCGUGGUACUGGAAUACCGUGUGUGCUUGUGCCAAAGCAGCAGAAGUGCCCAGUCAGGAACACUCUGAGGCACUUAAAUCCUGCCCUAUCAAAUCUGGAUGAACUGCAGGAACUUUUCAGAAGUGUAAAUACUGAGCUUUUAAAAGUAUUAAUUUCUUUCUCCUCCAAGGCAGCACACAAACCAAACACAUUCACAAGCUCUGACUUCAGGAUUUCCAGUAUUUUUCAAAUGUGCCUGAUUUCAGGUUGACCCAUUGCAUCAUUUGAGGCAGUUGCAUUCCUCUAACUGGAAAAAGAAAAGUUCAGUUAUGGCAAACAAAUUUUUCUCUUAUUCAUCCCUGUCCUCUUCCCCUGUACAGCUGCAAUCAGGUGUACUGCUGUAAGCCUGCAGAAACCUUUGAUGGAUCCCAGUAACUUUUCCAUAGAAUUCAGCCUUACUUUCUCCCUCUCAUCUUAAUGUUUACUGCAGCAGAGUUAUCCCAGUUGUAUACCAAGUCUGUGACAGUUCUGUGUGGUAUUUAAAUCCACAUGCUAAAAGCAGAUCUUUCUUUCUAGUAUCAUUAAAUACCACAGUUAUUUAAUGGGAGUAACUAGGAUAUGUCUGGAGACUGAAGAUCCUGUUUCAGUGAAGGCUGGUACUGAUGCCUACACUAAGGGCUCUUGCUCCAGCAUGUUUGAGGGUGUGUUGUCUUUAUUUUCAUUGCUUUAUUUUUAGAAAUAGUUCUCCUUUUGUUCCAUGGAAUUCUUCAGGAAGAAGACAACUUUUAAGUAUCAAUUUCCCUUGGAAAAAAUCCAACUAGUAAUAUGAUAGUAAAUCUUUAUAUUUAUUGUAUUUUUACAGUUGCAGGCUGUAGCUCUGCAAAGAGCUGGUCUUGAUCUUUUUCUAGAUUCAGCAUUUGGCUGAUUUGUCCAAGUGUGUCAGUGGAUUGUGUGCCUUGGAGAAGGCUGGAAGUCCAGGAGCAGGUGUGUUUCUCCAUGCACAGGUAUAUUUGCACACAUGGAUACCUACACAGAAGGGCUGGGACUUUUGUUUUUAUAUAUUAAUGGCAGAUUUGGUGCAAAUUGCCACUCACUAUCAUAUUUGUGGGAAUCUUUUUUGUUACAUCUUGUUUAUUUUAAAUAAAGAACAAAAGAUGGAAAAAA